AUGCAGAGCUUCAUAGUGCUACUUAUUGUCGCGGCUUUAAUGAUUGCCGUCAUAGUAAUCUUGCCGAAGAUAUCCGGUGUGGCUUCGUACAGUAGGAACGAUGACUAUUUCGAAAAGAAAAGAAAACAACAAGCCAUACAUCUUGAAGAGGUGAGACAGAAACAACUUCAUCAGCCUUUAAGCUCCUCUACAUACAUCCCACCUGAUGAAGAGGAAAGUUAUAUAGCAGCAUCUUCUUCUGUUUCCAAAGGUACUACGAAAACCGGCUUGAAGGAAAUUUACCACAAGGUGAAGAAUGUCAAGAUAACAGAAGAUGACAUACCAGUUAAACUUCAUCUAUUGGACAAACCAGGAAAGACACCUUCAACAAGUACGGCAACGACUGUUGAAGAUGACCAGGAUCCAAACAAAUAUGAUUUCGAUCUUCAGGAACUCAUCAAGGAAGAGCUUUCAAAGGAUAGGAGUUGA